AUGGCCGGAAAAGAAGACCCACGAACGGAAGUUUAUAUACGGGUCCACUCGCGGCGAGGGGCCUAUACAAUCCAUCCAGUGGAAGAGGAUACGCCGCCAGUCACCGCCACUUCCACCGCCCCAAGUCCUAAUGUUGUUGCUUACAGAGAAGUAAAGCAUUUCAAGAAAUGGAUGACCUGGUUGAUACCUUCCUUUGUUGUCCUCAAUACAGUAAUGUUUGUUAUAACCAUGUAUGUUAAUAAUUGUCCCAAGAAUUCGGUAUCUUGCGUUGCUGGGUUUUUGGGGAGGUUCUCCUUUCAGCCCUUCAAAGAAAAUCCUCUCCUUGGCCCUUCUUCAUCUGCGUUAGAGAAGAUGGGUGCUUUAGAUGUGAGUAAAGUGGUCCACAAACAUGAAGGAUGGCGCCUCAUUACUUGUAUGUGGUUACAUGGUGGAGUUUUUCAUUUACUAGCCAACAUGCUGAGCCUGUUAGUUAUUGGCAUUCGGCUUGAGCAAGAAUUCGGGUUUGUACGCAUUGGAUUGCUUUAUGUUAUCUCUGGGCUUGGUGGGAGUUUGUUAUCUGCUCUUUUUAUUCAGUCUAAUAUUUCUGUCGGUGCUUCUGGUGCACUUUUUGGAUUACUUGGAGGUAUGCUUUCAGAGCUGAUAACCAAUUGGACCAUAUAUGCGAACAAGGUGGCAGCUUUAGUGACCCUUGUGAUUAUUAUUGUUAUCAAUCUAGCUGUUGGAAUCCUCCCGCAUGUGGACAACUUUGCUCAUAUUGGAGGAUUUUUAUCUGGUUUUCUUCUCGGUUUUGUGUUUCUAAUCCGUCCCCAGUUUGGAUGGGUUAACCAGAGAUAUGCUCCAGGUGGAUAUUCUUCGGUAUCAGCUAAACCUAAAUUUAAGGCGUAUCAAUGCAUUCUCUGGGUCCUUUCUUUGAUCCUUCUCAUAGUUGGAUUCACUGUUGGCCUGUUAUUGCUUCUUCGAGGAGUAGAUUUGAAUGAUCACUGCUCAUGGUGCCACUAUCUGAGUUGUGUUCCAACUUCAAGGUGGAGCUGCAAUACUCAGCCUGUUUCAUGCACGUCUGAGCAAACGGGAACAGAUCAAUAUACUCUAACGUGCUCAAAUAACGGUAGAACCAGGUCGUAUUCUUUGCUGAGUCCAACCACCUCGCAGAUCCAGGGGCUAUGCGCACAGCUUUGUUGA